CUCGCGCCACCUGGGCGCGCGGAGCUUUGCUCGUUUACUAUUGGAAAAGUUCCAGCGCGGGAAACUGAACCCGUAGCUUUGCGCACGCCUGAGCCCUCAAGUAAUGUGGGUUGUGGUUUUUGUUGUUGUUGUCGCCACGCAUGCGUCUUCGUGCCGUGUGGCUAUUUGAUUGUGUCAACUCUUCUGAUUAGAAUAGCGCCAUUUUGCGGUACGGAAGUUAUACAGCAACACGUAUGGGAGCCUCUCCCCGAGAUCUUCUAGGGAGUGACCCAUCUAUUUUUGUUUGGGAAGAGGAAACUCCGAAAUGGGAUCGCGGAAGACUUAAAGGGCCAGGCUGAUUUUUUUUUUUUUCCUACUGCAGGUCUCUGAGGCUGUGGUUGCUACAGGGUCACCAGGAGCUUGGCUUGCUUGUCUCAUCCUUCCCUUGCCUGGUAUCAUUUUCUCAGUUCUCCCAAAAGCCAUGUCCCGGCCAUUGCUCAUCACCUUCACCCCAGCCACUGACCCCAGCGACCUCUGGAAGGAUGGGCAGCAGCAGCCACAGCCCGAGGAGCCAGAGUCCACCCUGGAUGGGGCUGCAGCCCGAGCUUUCUAUGAGGCCCUGAUUGGGAAUGAGAGCAGCGCUCCUGACUCCCAGAGAUCUCAGACUGAACCUGCCAGAGAAAGAAAGAGAAAGAAAAGAAGAAUAAUGAGGGCACCUGCAGCAGAAGCAGUGGCAGAAGGAGCAUCAGGAAGACAUGGACAAGGGAGAUCCCUUGAGGCUGAGGAUAAGAUGACUCACCGGAUACUGAGGGCAGCCCAGGAGGGGGACCUGGCAGAACUUAGGAGACUGCUGGAACCGCAGGAGGCAGGAGGAGCUGGGGGGAAUAUCAACGCCCGGGAUGCCUUCUGGUGGACCCCACUGAUGUGCGCUGCUCGAGCGGGCCAGGGGGCAGCUGUGAGCUAUCUCCUGGGCCGUGGGGCUGCCUGGGUGGGGGUCUGUGAGCUGAGUGGCAGGGAUGCGGCUCAGCUCGCUGAAGAAGCUGGCUUCCCUGAGGUAGCCCGCAUGGUCAGGGAGAGCCAUGGAGAGACGAGGAGCCCAGAGAACCGGUCUCCCACUCCCUCCCUCCAGUACUGCGAGAACUGUGACACCCACUUCCAAGAUUCCAACCACCGCACAUCCACUGCUCACCUGCUGUCACUGUCCCAGGGUCCUCAGCCUCCCAGCCUUUCACUUGGGGUGCCCAUCUCCAGCCCCGGCUUCAAACUGCUGCUGAGGGGGGGCUGGGAGCCAGGAAUGGGGCUGGGACCCCGGGGUGAGGGCCGUGCCAAUCCCAUCCCCACUGUCCUCAAGAGGGACCAGGAAGGACUAGGCUACAGAUCAGCAUCCCAGCCCCGAGUGACACAUUUCCCAGCUUGGGAUACCCGAGCUGUGGCUGGGAGGGAGAGACCCCCUCGGGUGGCCACACUGAGCCGGAGGGAGGAGAGAAGGAGGGAGGAGAAAGACAGGGCUUGGGAGCGGGAUCUAAGGACUUACAUGAACCUCGAGUUCUGACUUUGGUAAAGUCUGACCCUGCUGGUCUGCUGCUGAAGUCUGAACUUGGGCCUCUGACCUGGGCCCUUUGACUUCCCCUUUCUGGGAUCUGCCCAGGUGCAGAUCCUCAAGUUUUUGGUCAGUGGGCUCUGUCUUCGUGAGAGAUGGGCUGAGAGUGAGAAAUAAAUCAACCUUUUGUGGUUUA